GGAACAUGUUGGAUGUGUAGAACUUCAUUAUGUCAUAUCUGAUUGGUCUCCCUGCUUUAGUGGCAUCUCUUUGUCUCUCCCCCGCCGCCUAAAGAAACCUGGAACCCACGGAUAUUCUCCAAGUUCUCUAAAAUUCCCGAAAACCAAGCAGCAACACACGGGCAGGCUUACUGGCUUACAGAGGCCUGCUUAUGCUAUUUUUCUUUUUUAUCUCUAGAUAACCUUGCCGAGGAAUGCGCCGCGCUCGAAUACUUUUCCGAUCUAAGUUAAGGCAUCCGAUUUAGAAGAUGGCCGGGGGUGAUAGUGGUGACCUUUUGGGGGAAUUGGAAAAAGAGUAUUGUCCACCUCUUGAUCCAGCACUUUUUACCGCGAUUGUGUGCGACUUCGAUCUCUCGGACUCGAGCCAGGUGCAACAGCUUCGCGAAACUCUAGACACUCUCAAAAUCUCAGCAUGGGAGCAGGAAGAUCUCCCCUUCGACCCCUCAGGAACGAGCGGAUUAGGCAACGGGAAUGGACAGGAUGUUGGGGAUGGGAUUUUGUCGGAGCGCAGUACUUCGCAACAUGAAACUGUGCGGUCGCGGGAGACGGACAUCACUAGCCUUGCGUCGGAGUUGGAGUCUGUCUCUGUGAGCGACAAGGAUAGAGGGCUCUCAUAUCGAUCGGAGGAAAUAAGGUACACCAUCGGGGCUGACGGAGCUGUUACGCUGGCGGGAGCAGGUGAGGAUGAUAAAAUCGGGUACUUGGCGGAGAUGUUUCCGUCGGUCGAUCGCUUUACAAUCAAGCACAGCCUGAAAAAGUCCGAGGGGGAUAUCGACCGUGCAAUGGAUGUGUUGCUGAACGUCGCGUUUUUCGAUGAGCAGCCGACCGACGAGGAUGGAGCGAAGCUCUUUGUCCCCAAGGGCAUCGAUGGCUUUGGGGAGGGCGAGGUCGGGCGGAAGAAGGGGAAGAAGAAGAACAAUAAGAAAAACAAGAACAAAGCCCAGGAGCUGUCGUAUCCUGUGGAAUCGGAUGCGAAUCACGUCGUCAACAAAUGGGAUAUUGGCCAGAAGGAUGUCGACUUUAUCUAUUCGCGCACUUCUCCUGUCUUGAAGAAAGAGACCGUUACCUCUACCUACCACGCCAAUGGAGCCUCGCUGUCUGCAACUAUUCGAUCUCUCGCUACAGCAAACGCGACGGAGGAGGAACAUAUCAAUGAUGAUCCGGUUAUGGUUACUCAAGUGGCGGAAUUAUCACAGGAAUUCUCUACGAUCACCCCCACUGUACUCGCCGGUCUUUUGAAUAUAACCAGGAAUUCGAUCUCAGCCGCCAACGAGCUCGCUACCGAGAUGGUUGCUCGUCCAGCCCCUGUACCGUUGUCCGAGGUUAUUCAGAUCAAGGCCACACCUCUCGCACUCGAAACAGGAAAUGAAACACCUAAGAAGCGAGGGAAGCAAUCACGCGUUAUCAGAGACUACGAAAUAGCUUCGAGCUCCGCCGGCGCCAACUUCUCAGCAGGGGCGGAUGCAUUCUCCAAGGCGUCUAUGGCAUACCGACGAGGUAAGUCGGAUCGCCUAAUGGGCGGUGCGGCUGCCUAUUAUUCUGCAGUUGGAAGAGACCAUCUCGAACGAGCCAAACGGGAGGCUUCGAUGGCUGCGGAUGCCCUGGUAGACUCGCAAUCUACCUCGACCAUGUUGGACCUUCACGGAGUCUCGGUCCAAGAUGGAGUCCGCAUUGCCAGCGACCGAGUCGCAGAAUGGUGGGAAUCUAUGGGCGAUGCUAAAUACAUACGCGGGGGUGGAAAUCUAGCCCGAGACGGAUACAGAAUCGUGACAGGAGUUGGGCGACAUAGUCACGAUGGUACCUCGCGAUUGGGGCCAGCUGUGGGCAAGAUGCUGGCUCGUGAGGGAUGGAGAGUAGAAGUUGGUAUGGGAGUUUUGACGGUUGUUGGCAUUGCCCGGCGUCAGUGAGCUCUUUUUUUGCGUCAUUUAUUUAUGGCUUGAUCUGUUUU